AUGCCCUUUUCGUACGACAAAGAUGUUGGUGGUGCACUGGAGAUGAUGAAAGCUUUCUCGACCAAGAUGGGCGUGCCCUUGACUUUCGAAGGAAUUCCAGUCGGUGAUGUCGAGGGUCGACGAGCGCAGUUCAAGAAAAUGAUGUCAAUGAUGCCGGCGUCUGGGUUGUCUAUGCCAGAAAAUAUCGAAGUCAAGGAUUUCACUGCAACGGCGCCGGACGGGUUUGAGGUUCCUUUGCGAUGGAUCUCUUUGAAGAAAACCGAGGGCGAGGAGCAAAAACCAGGACCAGUGGUGUAUCAUGUCCAUGGCGGCGGAAUGAUUCUUGGCAGCGUCGCGCUUUCAACGCCUUCAAUGAUUGCGCAGGUCAAUGCAACUGCUGUACCUGUUCUCACGGUCGACUAUCGAUUGGCACCGGAAAACCCUCAUCCAAUCCCCGUAAACGACGUCUAUGCGGGUUUGGUAUGGCUGCAAGAACAUGCCGCCGAGCUGUCUGUUGAUCCCGCGAGAAUUGGUAUUUUGGGCGAGUCGUCUGGUGGCGGGUUCGCGGCUGGUGCUGUGUUGAUGGCAAGAGACAAGAAGCUCAGUCCUCCGAUCGCGAAGCAGAUGCUCUGGCAGCCAAUGCUUGAUGAUCGCAAUACCGUUGCGGAUGAGCGUAUUGCACCAUUCGCAUUCUGGACUUAUGAAGACAACAAAACCGGCUGGGGCGCCCUCCUAGGCGACAAAGCCGGUACCAACGAUGUGGAUUACUACGGCUCUCCGGCAAGAGCAACCGACCUCUCAGGUCUGCCAGAUACAUACCUCGAAGUCGGACAACUCGAUGUGUUUCUGUACGACACCAUCGACUAUGCGCGCAAUCUGUCCAAGGGAGGCGUGAACGUUGAGUUGCAUGUUUACCCGGGUUGUUGUCAUACUUUUGACAAGGUUUCUAGAGAUGGGCAGAAGACGAAGCGUGCGUUGGAUAAUCGAUACACAUACUUGAAGAGCAUUUGA